AUGAAAAAAGUUCAAGUCUUAAAUCCCAUUGUGGAAAUGGAUGGAGAUGAGCAAACAAGGAUUAUAUGGCAGUUAAUUAAAGAGAAAUUAAUCUUUCCAUUCUUGAACGCUGAUUUGAAAUACUUCGAUCUUUCAGUGACAAAUCGGGAUGAUACUGAUGACAAGGUUACCGUUGAAUCUGCAGAGGCAACUUUAAAGUACGGUGUUGCAGUCAAAUGUGCGACUAUCACUCCCGAUGAAGCCCGUGUGGAGGAAUUUCAUUUGAAAAAAAUGUGGAAAUCCCCAAACGGCACCAUCAGAAAUAUUCUUGGAGGUACAGUCUUCCGUGAACCUAUCGUAAUUCCCAGGAUUCCCAGACUUGUUCCUCAAUGGGAAAAACCAAUAAUCAUCGGUAGACAUGCGUUCGGUGAUCAAUACAAGGCAACUGAUAUCGUUAUUCCGGGAGAGGGAGAAUUGAGACUGGUUUACAAAUCGAAGGACGGUUCACAUGAUGUGGAUCUUAAGGUUUUCGAUUAUCCGGAAAAGGGAGGGGUUGCUUUGGCAAUGUAUAAUACGACGGAAUCCAUUGAGGGGUUUGCAAAGGCGUCUUUCGAACUAGCUUUGGAGCGCAAACUACCAUUGUACUCAACCACCAAAAACACAAUUUUGAAGAAGUAUGAUGGUAAGUUCAAAGACGUUUUCGAGGGUAUGUAUGCUGCGAAGUAUAAAGACAAGUUUGAAAAAGCCGGCAUCUGGUAUGAGCAUCGCUUAAUCGACGAUAUGGUUGCCCAGAUGCUAAAAUCAAAAGGGGGGUACAUCAUCGCCAUGAAGAACUACGAUGGUGACGUCGAAUCGGAUAUUGUAGCACAAGGGUUUGGAUCUUUGGGUUUAAUGACGUCGGUAUUGGUUACUCCUGAUGGUAAAACCUUUGAAAGUGAGGCUGCCCAUGGUACGGUCACAAGGCAUUUUAGACAACAUCAGCAAGGCAAGGAAACUUCUACAAAUUCCAUUGCUUCAAUCUUCGCCUGGUCAAGAGGUAUUAUUCAGAGAGGUAAACUGGACAAUACCCCAGACGUAGUGAAAUUUGGUGAACUAUUGGAAAGAGCAACGAUCGAUACUGUCCAAGAAGAUGCAAUUAUGACAAAGGAUUUGGCACUGAUUCUCGGAAAAACCGAUAGAUCUUCAUACGUCACUACAGAGCAAUUCAUCGAAUCAGUUGAGGUCAGACUUCUAAAGCAGUAUGCAGCUGCGUUUCGUUGA